CUGUAGCGCCGUGCGCUCAGGACCGCUAACCAGCUUUCCUUUGUGUAUGAAUGGGCGUCUAUAUGGGGAAAGGCUCAUGCUGCAACAGUGGCUAAUUCCUGUUAAUCCCAUCGUAUCUCCGACCACUUAGAGAUGGUUUCCAAUGGCAGCCCUAGUGCAGGGGAAUUGCUAGUGAGAUUAGCUCGCAUUAGCUCCUCCUUUGUGGGUCACACUCACGGCCCGGCCAGGCUGCCACAUGCCUCCACGUCAACCUUUCGCACAGAUAUGGAUUACUCGCUUUUGAAAAAGUGUCCCACAUCUUUUUUUCGUAGAGAACGAUCGACCCCUGUUCUCUUCUUUCAAAAAGGAGAUCGCUCCUGAAGAUGUUUCCACAAUCAGGGAAAUCGAUCGUCUUCGACAACUUCCCAGAUCCCACCGACACCUGGGAAAUCAUCGAGACGAUCGGCAAGGGGACCUACGGGAAAGUCUACAAGGUGCUCAACAAAACGGAUGGAAGCAAAGCGGCUGUGAAGAUACUGGAUCCCAUCCAUGAUAUUGACGAGGAGAUCGAAGCAGAGUACAACAUCCUCAAGGCUCUGUCUGACCACACCAAUGUUGUCAAGUUUUAUGGGAUGUACUACAAGAAGGACGUGAAAUGUGGCGAUCAGUUGUGGCUGGUACUGGAGCUCUGCAACGGCGGCUCGGUGACGGAUCUGGCCAAAGGCAUGCUGAGGAGAGGGGACCGAAUGGAUGAAGCCAUAAUCGCCUACAUCUUGCAUGAGGCCCUCAUGGGCCUCCAACACCUGCACGUCAACAAGACCAUCCACCGGGACGUCAAAGGCAACAACAUCCUGUUGACGACGCACGCGGGGGUCAAACUCGUGGAUUUCGGUGUGUCCGCCCAGCUGACAAACACCCGUCUGAGGAGGAACACCUCUGUCGGAACUCCCUUCUGGAUGGCUCCUGAGGUUAUAGCAUGUGAGCAGCAGCUGGACUCAACCUACGAUGCCCGUUGCGACGUUUGGUCCCUCGGCAUCACCGCCAUAGAGCUGGGAGAUGGAGACCCACCCCUGUCCGACCUCCACCCGAUGAGAGCCCUUUUCAAGAUACCCAGAAAUCCUUCGCCUACCCUCCACCAGCCGGAGCUCUGGUCAGACAUCUUUAAUGACUUCAUCUGCAAAUGUCUGAUUAAGGACUUUGAGCUGAGACCGAAUGUGCUAGACCUGCUGCAGCACGUGUUCAUCAAGCAGAUUGUCGGCAGAGAGAGAACACUGCAGAAACAAUUGAUCGAACUAAUUGACCUCAACCAACAGAUUGGAGUCGUUGGCAAAAUAAGGCAUGAACGCAUCCACACUAAGAAAGGAAGCCACAUGAAGACACAGAGUGGCCACGAUGAGGUGGAGGACCUCGCCACCCUAGAAGUGCUAGAUGAGAACACAGUCACAGAGCAGCUUCAGCUUCGCUAUGGACAAGAUGAAAUCUAUACAUACGUGGGGGACAUCCUCAUGGCGGUCAAUCCUUUCCAUAAGAUGGAGAUAUACACUCCUCAGCACACUAAAAUGUACAUAGGAGCUAAACGUACAGCAAACCCGCCGCACAUCUUCGCCGUGGCUGAUAUCGCCUACCAGUCCAUGGUGUCCUACAAUGCAGACCAGUGCGUCGUGAUCAGCGGAGAAAGUGGAGCAGGGAAAACGGAGAGUGCUCAUCUGUUAGUGCAGCAGCUGACUGUUCUUGGGAAGGCCAAUAAUCGGACGCUCCAGGAGAAGAUCCUGCUGGUCAACAGCCUGGUGGAGGCGUUCGGCAACGCCUGCACGGCCAUCAACGACAACUCCAGCCGCUUCGGCAAGUACCUGGAGAUGAAGUUCACCUGCGGGGGAACCGUGGUGGGAGCGCAGAUAUCCGAGUAUCUGCUGGAGAAGUCCAGAGUCAUCCACCAGGCCGUAGGGGAGAGGAACUUCCACAUCUUCUACUACAUUUACGCCGGCCUGGCUGACAGGAAGAAACUAGCCCACUACAAGCUCUCCGACAGCAAAACACCUAAGUAUCUGUGUAACGAGCACAUUAAAUUAGGGCCCGACAUAGUGAGCAACACCUUCUACAAGGAGCAGUUUGACGCGGUGGAGCAGUGCUUCAAAGUCAUUGGAUUCACCCUGGAGGAGCUGGGCAGUGUGUACAGCACCCUGGCUGCCGUGCUCAACUCUGGAGACAUCGAGUUCUGUCCGGUUGCCUCGGAGCAUCAGACGGACAAGAGCAACAUCUCCAACAUUUCUGUCCUGGAGAACGUGUCCUCGCUGCUGCGGAUCCGCUCAGACGAGCUCCAGGAAGCCCUGACCUCCCACUGCGUCGUGGCCCGGGGGGAGACCAUCGUCAGGCCCAACACGGUGGAAAAGGCGGCGGAGGUGCGGGACGCCAUGGGCAAGGCCCUCUACGGCCGCCUCUUCAGCUGGAUCGUCAACCGCAUCAACUCGCUGCUGCGGCCCGACAGCCACCUAGGAGAAGACGACAAGGGCCUGAACAUCGGCAUCUUGGACAUCUUCGGCUUCGAGAACUUCAAGAGGAACUCUUUCGAGCAGCUCUGCAUCAACAUCGCCAACGAGCAGAUCCAGUUCUACUUCAACCAGCACAUAUUCGCUUGGGAACAGGACGAGUACCUGAAUGAGGAGGUGGACGCUCGGAUGAUCGAGUACGAGGACAACCGGCCGCUCCUGGAUCUGUUCCUGCAGAAGCCCAUGGGGAUGCUGUCGCUGCUGGACGAGGAGAGUCGCUUCCCGCAGGCCACCGACCAGACGCUCGUAGAGAAAUUUGAAGAUAAUCUCAAGACCAAAUGCUUCUGGAGGCCAAAGAGGGUUGACCUUGGCUUUGGGAUUCACCACUAUGCUGGAAAGGUGAUUUACAACGCUGCAGGCUUCUUGGCCAAGAACCGGGACACACUUCCGGCCGACAUCGUCCUGCUGCUGAGGUCGUCGGAGAACGAGCUCGUUCGUAAACUCGUCACCCAUCCCCUCACCAAAACGGGCAACCUUGCGUUCACCAAGGGCAAAGGCAUAAACACAAUGCGCAGUUCGCGGACCCCGACGCGCACCAUCAACUUCGCCAAGAUGGGAGUGCUAACCUUAUACAGUUCGUUUUGUUUCACUGAGACGGGCGAUCAAGGAGACGUGCCGUACCACCCGAGAGAAACCACCAACAUGAGAACACAGACAGUGGCUUCCUACUUCAGGUACUCCCUGAUGGACCUGCUGUCCAAGAUGGUGGCGGGGCAGCCCCACUUUGUGCGCUGCAUCAAACCCAACAACGAUCGCCAGGCCAACAAGUUCGACCGCGAGAAGGUUCUGGUGCAGCUGCGGUACACCGGGGUUCUGGAGACCGCCAAGAUCCGGCGGCAGGGCUACUCCCACCGCAUCCUGUUCGCCAACUUCCUGAAGAGGUACUACAUUGUGGCGUUCCAUGCCGAUAAGGAACCAGCUGUGACUCCAGAAACCUGUGCCACCAUACUGGAGAAGGCCAAGCUGGAGAACUGGGCAAUGGGGAAGACGAAGGUUUUCCUUAAGUACUACCACGUUGAACAUCUGAAUCUGAUGGUGCAGCAGACCACGCAACGACUCGUUCUGCUCCAGGCGUACGUCCGAGGCUGGCUGGGAGCCAAGCGCUACCGGCGGACAAUAAAAGAGCGAGAGCAGAGCGCUCUAGUGCUGCAGUCAGCCUACAGGGGUCAGAAAGUUCGGAAGAGGGUCGCCGGCGACAAAAGCAAAGCAAAGUUUGAGGCCUUCGUCGUCCGGUUUCAGGCUGUUUGCAGGGGCUAUCUAGCAAAAAAGAAAUACAAGGAGUUGGUAGAUGAAAAGAACAAGGCUGCAACCAAGAUCCAGGCCCGCUACAGGGGGCACAAGGAAAGGAAAAGCUUCAAAAGAAAACGGGAUGCCAAAGAGAAAGCAGAGAAGGCGCUUAAAGAAAAGGAGGAACAAGCGGAGGAGGAAACUAAAGCUGCCGUGGUUCUCCAGAGCAACUACAGGGGCUACAAGGAGAGGAAGAAGUUUAAGGAGAGGAACAAGACGACGGCUGGGUCCGAGCCAGAGCUUCCGCCGAACACGGCGGCGGAGGAGGAACGGGUAAAAGGUGCGCAAGAGCCUACUGCUAAAGUCCAAGGGCAGAAGACUGGUGACAAACAGGAGGAGAACGACGAGGACGAAGAGAGUACGUAUGAAGCAGAGGAAAAUUAUGACAGCGAUCAUACGCAGGUGCCAGAAGAAGACGAGGAACACAUAGAUGUAGCGGAUGUGUUGGUGAUUGUGGACGCAACAGCAGCGGAUGCCCAAAGAGAAGGGCAGGGAGAGGACAGGAAGAGGGAGAACGGACAGGAGGAGGCUGUCCGCCUAGAGGAGGAAGCCAAGGCCGCCACUGUUCUCCAGAGUAAUUUCCGAGGUCACAAAGAGAGGAGGCGGCUGCAGGAAGAAGGCAAGAUCCCAGCCAAGAAACCGAGAGAAAGCUUGACCGAUGAAGGAGCAGCGCCUGCGGCCGAGGACGAAGUUGGAGAAGUCCCAACACCGACAGAGGAAACCUGCAGCGAGGGAACGGAGGGAGGAGAUGACGAGGAGCCGCCGGGAGCUCGAGAAGACGUCCAAGCUUCUUCGAGCGACGUCGAGUCGGAGGAGCCGGACGAGGCCAAAGCAGCUGUGGUGCUUCAGAGUAACUUCCGCGGCCACAAGGAGCGCAAGCGACUCGAGGAGGAGGGAAAGAUCCCUAACAAGAGGAAGAAGAAAGAGGCUACACUCGAACCUUCAAAAGAAGGAGAAGAGCCAGAAUCCAAACUGGAUCCAUCUGCGGAGAACCUGGAUGGACCGGACGAGGAGAAGGCUGCAACUGUCCUUCAAAGUAACUUCAGAGGCCACCGUGACCGAAAGAAACUCAAAGCAGAGAGGGAAGAACAGAGGAGAGCGAAGGAAGACGCCGCCAAUGAGGAAGAAGAGGAAAAUAAUAAAGAGGAGGAGGAGGAGGAAGAGGAGGUCGCCCUGGAUGUUACUGAUGUGUUGCUUGAACGUAGAGAGGAGACCGAUAUUGAAAAGGAACGACAGGAGGAGGAACAGGCUGCGGUGAAGAUCCAGAGUAACUUCAGAGGCUACAAGGAGCGGAAGAACCUGGAGGCCAACAAGCAAACUGCACGGAGGGAGGCCGAGAAACUUCAGAACUUCUCAAAACAGAUCGCAAAGACUUCUCAGGACUUCGUCACCCUGCAGCAGAAGUUGAACGAGAUCAUCCAGGCCCAUCAGUCAAACCCCGAGAACAACGGCAUGUUUGUGAGGGGGAAAGCAAUCAACGGCUACGCUGCCGAGACUCACCUAUCAACGGAGAAGAGGUUGUCACGGACGCCCCGCAGGACGCAGAAGCCGAAGACCCUGAACACACCGGAGGACUCCACCUACUACAACCUGAUUCACCGGUCCGUCCAGGAUGACAAACGCAAGCCCAGGAAAGAGGAUCCAGGGAAGUUGCUGGAUGUAGACGACCACUACUACCGAAGCCUGUGCACGAGCAGGUCUGAACCCUCCAUGUCCACGGAGGAAACAUCACAAAGCAGCAGCAGCGUGGAAGAGGGGAGGCUGUCCACGGAGGGGAGGCUGUCCACGGAGGGGAGGCUGUCCACGGAGGGGAGGCUGUCCACGGAGGGGAGGCUGUCCACGGAGGGGAGGCUGUCCACGGAGGGGAGGCUGUCCACGGAGGGGAGGCGGUCCUCGGAGAGGAGGCGGUCCACAGAGGACAUGAUGGAACCUGCAGAGCAUCGACCAGAUGCUGCCAGUAGACAGGCCCGAGAGAGAGCCGUCACCGAACCAGAACCUCCCAAACCUGCCAAAGACAACAGGCGCUCGGUUCCCAGGAUGCUCUCCGUGGAGAGUCGGACCGAGGACAACCCGUACGACUUCAGGCAUCUGCUGAGGAAGACCUCGCAGAGACGAAAGCUCAUCAAACGGUACUGACCCGAGGACUGAAUGUUUUAUCAAAUAUCGUGACAUAUUUGAGUCGCAAAGUCCGACGCAUCGUUCACCACACGUGGUAACGUAUCAUCGCAGCUUCUUUAAAAAGCCUUUUUGAACGGACUGCACUUAUUAUAAGUCACCACCACUUGAAAACAAGAGGUUUUUAAGGUAAAUGUAAAUAAUUGAAAAAAUUGAUCUUGACAGUUUAAUUCAUGUUAUUUGUAAACUAGACUUUGAAUCUUUUCCCCGGCUUGUCAAAUAUUGUGUUUGCGGUCGUCCAUAUCCAUUGAAACGCCGGAUGUAAAUUCAUUAUGUCAAAAGGUUAUUGUAAAUACGCUGGUCAUGCUCUUACAGGGAUUUGAUGAAUGUAUCUUUGGAGAAUCGUCGUCAGUGUUGUCUUGUUUUAAAGAAAUGUACAUUCGUCUCUCUGCUGUAAUCAUCUGCUUUGUCCAUUAAAAAAAUUAAAAUAUCAA